AUGAUUUUAUUAGCAGGAGAUUUUCGUCAAACAUUGCCGGUGAUUCCACGAUCAACGCCAGCUGAUGAACUCAAUGCAUGUCUAAAGUCCUCCAGUUUGUGGAAACAUGUCAAAGUACUUCAUUUAAGCAAGAAUAUGCGUGUCGAGUUGCAAAAUGACCAAUCUGGAAACAUAUUCUCUAAACAACUCAUUGACAUUGGUAAUGGCAAAUUUCCUAUAGACAUGUUGACUGGCUGCAUUAACUUUCCUCUAAGUUUUUGUCAGUUAACUCGAUCAAAAGAUGAACUUAUUCAGAAGGUGUUUCCAGAUGUUUCUCAAAAUUACAGAAACCAUGAUUGGUUGAGCGAACGAGCUAUACUGGCUGCAAAAAACAUAGAUGUAAAUGAAUUAAAUUUCAAAAUUCAAGAACAAAUUACAGGCGAAUUGAUGAUAUAUAAAUCAGUUGAUUCGGCUACUAAUCAAGAUGAUGUAGUCAACUAUCCACCGGAAUUUUUAAACUCGCUGGAUUUGCCAGGAUUGCCACCUCACAAUCUUCAAUUAAAGGUUGGAUCGGUGGUUAUAAUGUUGCGAAAUAUCAACCAACCGCGUCUUUGCAACGGUACACGGUUAGCGAUAAAAAAAUUACUAAACAAUGUGAUAGAAGCAACUAUACUCAAAGGAAAGAAAGUAUAA